AUGUCUUUUGACAAUUGUGAAGGAUAUUACAGCAAAUACUUUGACGAGAAACCUAAACUAAUUUAUGAUUACUGUCUCAAACGUGAUUUUGGUUAUAAAAAGUCUCAGACUCUGCCUAGGAAUUUAGGGUCUUCAGUCGACUAUAAACCUAAAGUGUACCCUCAAAGAAGUGUGUGUUUCUAUGGGGUGGGUGAUGAAGAGGAGUGCCGACGACCAAAAAAGACUUUUGUGGUUACCGCGGACAUCGAACCCCAUAGAUAA